AUGGAAAUAAACUUUGAGCUCCAGAUGAAGGAAAAAGAUCUCGAGAUUGAGCGGAUCAAAUCCUGCAAAGUAACCACCAGUGAGGGAAGCAAGUCCCUCAGACCAAGAAUACCUAAGUUCGAUGAAGCAAAUGAUAAUAUAGAUUCAUUUCUGGAGAGAUUUGAAAGAUUUGCAAUCAGCCAAGACUGGGAGAGAGACACUUGGGCCAUGAGCUUAAGCUCAUUACUUUCAGGGCAAGGUCUGGAAGUAUUUACAAGUUUGCCUAUUGAAGAAGCCAACGAGUAUGACACCUUGAAGAGGGCUAUCUUAAAACGAUACCAGUUGACUGAAGAGGGUUUCAGGGUGAAGUUCAGGCAGAGCAGACCACUACCUGGUGAGUCUGUUUUUCAGUUCAUUGAGAGGUUGAGACGAUAUUUCACAAGGUGGACAGAUAUGGCUGGAGUAGAGCAGACCUUUCAUGGAAUAAGCGAGCUCUUAAUCAAGGAACAGUUCAUCGAGGGGUGUUCCACAGAUUUGGCCGUCUUCCUGAAAGAAAGAGUGCCGACAUCAAUAGAAGAGUUAACACGCCUUGCAGAGCAGUACAUAGAAGCGCAUAAAGGGGCGUCUUCUGUUUUUGCCAGAGGUACUCCAGUUCCAAAACAAGGGCAGAUAGGCAAGAGAUCCAUUCCAGAGACAUCAAGCAGAGUGACAGAGAAUAGAAAUUCGCCAGUGAAGACAUGCUUUAUUUGUAAUAAGGCGGGCCAUUUAGCCAGAGACUGCCGACAGAAUAACAGAAGCCAAGCACCAAAGGUGUGCUUUAUUUGCAACAAGACGGGGCAUAUUGCAAAAGAUUGUAGGCAGACAAAAUCAGAAGGUGUAAGAAGUGACCGCAAAGUAGCAGCCGUAUGUGCCAAAGCAGACCUUAAUCCACUAGAGAAGAACACUGAAGAUGGAAAGUUGAAGUUAGCCAGUGGCGAGACUGUGCCGAUCCUCGCGGGAGCUUGUACCAUUGAUUUAUUGGAAGAAGAGAGAAACCUGGAGUUGAAAAAGGGCUUUGUUGGAGCAGAUACAGUUAGAGUGUUGAGAGAUACUGGAUGUGAGUUAGCGGCGGUAAAGAAGAAGUUUGUGAAAGAAGAACAACUCACGGGUAAAGAAAUUGUUAUGAUAACAAUUGAUGGAGAUGCCAAAGUAGUACCUUUGGCGAAAAUAUGGGUCGAUACGCCAUACUAUGUUGGGGAGUUAGAGGCAAUGGUGCUUAAAUCAUUAAUAUGUGAUUUAGUGAUUGGUAACGUUGCCGGAGUACUUGAUAAGCCUGAUCCUGAAUGGAAGGAGACAGAAGAACCAUCGGCUGUUGCAGCAGUCAUGACAAGAGCACAGCAUCAGAGAGCAGACCGUCCAACUAGAGCGUUGACUGUUCCAAAACCUUCCUGCGAAGCUGAAGUUGACAUAGAAAAUUUGAAGGAAUCCCAGAAAGGUGAUUCUUCAUUGAAAAAAGUUUGGGACUUAGCAGCGAAGGCAGAAGAGCUGCAAACCAAAGGUGGAGCCAAGUUUAAAUACGUGGUGGAAAACGGUGUGCUUUUUAGAGCUUACUUUCAGAAAAAUGGUGAUGACUCCAAACAGAUUGUUGUUCCAACAGACUUUAGGAAGAGAGUGAUGGAACUUGCCCAUGAAUCCAUUGUUGGUGGACAUUUGUCAUCUAAGAAGACAGAGGACAGAAUCCUGACAAGCUUCCAUUGGCCAGGAAUAACGGGAGAUGUGGGACGUUUUUGCAGAUCGUGUGACGUGUGCCAGAAGACCAUCCCAAAAGGGCGAGUGAAGAAGGUCCCCCUAGGAGACAUGCCGGUGAUUGAGGAACCAUUUCAUCGAGUAGCAAUAGACUUGAUAGGACCGAUUAUACCAGUGUCGGAGAGGGGCAACAGAUAUAUCUUGACGGUGGUGGAUUUUGCCACACGUUACCCCGAAGCCGUGCCAUUGGCGAAAAUAGACACCGAGAGCAUUGCUGAAGCACUGCUUGAAAUAUAUUCAAGGGUAGGUUUCCCUUCAGAAGUUCUAAGUGACAGAGGAAGUCAAUUUACAGCAGACCUCAUGAAAGAGAUAUGCCGACUCAUAUCUGUGAAGCAACUCUUCACAACACCUUACAAUCCAAAGUGCAACGGCUUGUGUGAGCGGAUGAAUGGAGUGCUUAAAAGUAUGCUGCGGAAGAUGUGCCAGGAAAGACCCAAGGACUGGGAUAGAUACCUACCGGCCGUUUUAUUUGCAUACAGAGAGGUACCACAGGCGAGUACAGGAUUUUCCCCGUUUGAGUUGCUGUAUGGAAGAACAGUUAAAGGGCCAAUGCAAAUACUAAGGGACAUGUGGACUCAAAGAGAUGAUCCAGAGAUACAAAAUACAUACCUGUAUGUGCUCAACCUGAAGCAGCGCUUAGAGGAGACAUGCAAGAUAGCCAGAGAAAGCCUGAUGAAAGCCAAGAAUACCUAUAAGCAUCACUAUGACAAGAGAGCUCGAAACAGAGUGUUGCGUGUUGGAGAUAAAGUCUUACUGCUUUUACCAACAGACAAUAAUAAGAUGAUGCUUCAAUGGAAAGGACCUUUUCAAGUUGUCGAAGUAAUUAAUAGAUUUGAUUACAGAAUCAAGAUUGGAGACAAGCUGAAGACGUUCCACAUUAAUUUGCUGAAGAAAUAUGAAGAACGCCAAGAUAAGAUUGCAGCAAGUGUAGCGAUCAUAGAAGACGUUGAAGAUAAUUCAGAUGGAGCGGUGGACGACGAAAGUCUCCUGGACUUCCCUAACUACACAAGUGGAGAGACAUACCAAGAUGUCAAUAUCAGUGAAGGACUUACUCCUGAACAGAGGAAGCAAGUCCUUGCCAUACUUCAAGAGUUUUGCGAAGUGUUUUCAAAGCGACCAGGAACAACACCACUGAUAGAGCACCACGUUGAACUUACAGACAAGAAUCCUGUGAGAGUGAAACAGUACCCCAUUCCAUAUGCCAAGAGACAAGCUGUUGAAAAUGAAAUACAAGAUAUGAUAAAGGCUGAUGUGAUAGAACCAUCUGUGUCGGAAUACAACGCACCGAUAGUCAUUGUCAAGAAGAAAGAUGGGAGUAAUCGAUUUUGUAUUGAUUUUAGAAGACUGAAUGCCGUCACCAAAUUUGACACCGAACCAAUGGCAAGCGUAGAUGACAUCAUGGCAAAGCUGAAAGAUGCUAAGUAUUUUACCAAGAUCGACUUAUGCAAAGGUUAUUGGCAAAUCCCAGUUGCUGAAAAUUGCCGCAGAUUUACAGCAUUUGCAACGGAUAGAGGGAGUUAUCAAUUCAAGAAAAUGCCUUUCGGUAUGGUUAACUCUGGAGCCACAUUCAACAGAAUGAUGCGGAAGUUAUUGGCAGGGUGUGAUUUUGUUGACAACUAUGUUGACGAUAUGAUAGGGCAUACAACAACCUGGACAGAACAUAUGACAAUGCUGCGGCAGCUCCUCCAAAGAUUGGCAGAAGCAGACCUUACCAUAAAGCCAUCGAAGUGUUAUAUAGGAUAUAACAACAUUGGUUUUACAGGACAUAUGGUGGGAAAUGGCAUAGUUCAAAUGGAAGGGGAAAAACUGACAAGAAUCAAAGAAGCAGAAGUGCCAAAGACUAAAAGACAAGUUAGAGCAUUCUUAGGACUUGCCGGAUAUUACAGGAGAUUUAUACUAUCGUUUGCUGAGAUUGCGGCACCUCUUACAGACUUAACGAAGAAAGGUUUACCAAACAAUGUACGAUGGGGAGAUGAGCAAGAAAGAGCUUUUAAUACUUUAAAGGAGCAACUAACCAAGAGUCCAAUUCUUCGACUGCCUGAUUUUUCGAAAGAAUUCAUUUUACAGUGUGAUGCCUCGAAUGCUGGGAUAGGUUCGGCAUUGCUUCAGAGAUAUGAGGGAGAGUUGUUUCCUAUUGCCUUUGCAAGCAAGAAACUACUUGAUCGUGAAAGGAACUAUUCUGUAGGAGAAAGAGAGUGUCUAGCAAUCGUAUAUGGAAUAAAGAAGUUCCAAAAAUACUUGUAUGGGAAGGAGUUCAUCAUACAAACAGACCACAGUUCAUUGUCGUACAUCCAGAAAAGUACACCAGACAACGGUCCAUUAGUGAGGUGGGUUUUAUUUCUUCAAUCAUACCAGUUCCGUAUUGAGGCCAUCAAAGGAUCCGACAAUAUCUUUGCAGAUUACCUAAGCAGACAGUAUCAAGAAACAGAUGAAUAA